AUGGUCUGUCAAGUCUCAGCAUUACAGUGUUAUACGGGUACUGAUUCACAAUGUUUUGUGAUGGAUACAAGUUAUAGUCAGAAUGGCUGUGGUGAUGGGAUUCCUGCGAAGAAUUGUGCGUGCGCCAAGUACCGUAUCCAAUGUACUCCAGACGAUACGGCAUGUACGACUGAAGAACAACGUUUGAAAACAGUCAAAUGGGCAUAUAUAUUGACCACUGAUCAAAUGUGUAAACAAAUGAAGCAAAUGCCGGAAAUUUUUCGAGAGCAAAAAUGCUGUAAGAAAAAUAAAUGCAAUGCGCCACAGUCGAAGAGUGUUAAGUGUAUGAAUAUGUUUACUAUGGAUAGUGGUACUGGCAAGCAAAAAAAGGCUCAUCCUGCUUCUCGUCGUCAGAAUGUAAUUUAUCUACUGGUGCAUGGAGUAUAUCCAAAAUCAUUUCCCAAUAAUGUCACAAUUAUUCAUCAACCAUCAAAUAUUUCAUUAUCAAACGUAUCAUCCUCUGGCAAAGAUCGUAAUAAUUGUAUGAAUGAUGGUAAAUCAUCAAUUCAACUCCUUUCAAAUUUAGUAUUUCGUAGUGAAAUAAUAAACUAUCUCGGUUUUAUUCUUCGAUCGAAAUCAAUAUUUUAUUGUUCAGUUCCAAAAGUAGCUACAAGAACUUUUCUUAAAUUUAUAACUUAUCUUCAUAUACAUGAUGAUUUAAUCCCGUUACUUACACAUAAUUCAACAUUAAGUAAUUGGAAUUUUCAACGAAAAUUAAAUCCGUUUGAUUUUAAUGAUAUCAAUCAAAUUCUUUCGUCUCCAAUGAAAAAUAGCUCGCAACCAUCUACAUUCGAUUCGGUUUCAAUUCUUAAAUUAUUAUCAUCGCGUCUUACGAAUUUCAAUAACAUAAAUGUCACUGAUUUUGAUAUAUGGUCAAUAUAUCAGCGGAAAAAUUUUCCUCUUACUCGUCCUCAGACUUUAUCCGAUGUAUCAUUACUGUUCUCAUCGAAUUUUACACGUGCUAUUUUUGUUCGCCAUCCAUUAGAGCGUUUAGCAUCAGCUUAUGUUGAUAAAAUAGCGUCGCUUACGAAUGAACCAUUUUCAUUAUAUGAUACAAUACGUCGAGAAAUUUGCCGAAAAUAUUCUUCAUUGUAUCUGACAGGUACGCAACGUAACUAUUAUAUUUAUCAUACACAAAUAGCGAAAAAUGACACAGAACCAUGUCAUAACGUAGUUCCAAAAUUUGAGCAUUUUAUUGAUUAUAUUAUGUCUAAUUCAAUAAUAGAUGAUGUUCAUUGGUAUCCUUAUUCAAAGUUAUGUUAUGCAUGUUUAUUUAAAUAUAAUUUUAUUGGAAAAUACGAAACAAUCGAGCAAGAUCUUGCAAGAUUAUUAUCGAAAUUUGGAUUAGAAUCAAAACAUUGGAAUAAUGAAAACUACUUCAGAACUGGAAAAACAAAGGAAUAUUAUAAGUCGAUUUAUGCAAAUUUAAAUGAUCAAUUACUUUGUAAUUUGAAAAAUGUCUAUGAAGAUGACUUUACAUUAUUUGAUUAUAAAAUGGAAGACUAUUUGACUAAUAAAAAUCAUAUUUCAUGUUCUCCUGCACAUAAAAGACAACUGACAGACAGCAUAUAUAAAAAUUGA